GAAAACCCCCAAAACCAGCCCGUGCCUAACGCGUCUCUGUUUACCCCUUGCAGAGAAGACGGGGAAGGUGCUGGGGGAGUUCUGCCGGUGCUACAGGGAGCAGUACGGCGUCGCCCUCUUCAACAGCGUCCGCUAUGAGAUCGAGGGCAACGGGGGGCCACAGGCCCAGCUGCUGCACCGCAAGGUCCCGCUGGAAGACCACGUCAUCUACUCAGGCAACCUCUUCCAGUACAUCGAGGAGAACAAGAAGUGGAGGAACCGCUUCUGUGUGGUCCCGCACAACUACGGCUUGGUCCUCUACGAGAACAAACUGGCCUAUGAGCGGGAGCUGCCGCCCCGCGUGCUGGUCAACAGCGCUGGCUACAAGAUCCUCACCUCCGUGGACCAGUACCUGGAGCUGGUGAGCAGCAGCCUGCCUGGCGUGACGCCCAAAUCGGGGCACUCCCCCAUCCUGAAGUGCCCCACGGAUUUCCCCCUCAUCCUCUGGCACCCCUACGCCCGGCACUAUUACUUCUGCGUGAUGACGGGCAAGGAGCAGGAGAAGUGGCGGGCGGUUUUCCAGGACUGCAUACGGCACUGCAACAAUG